CUCCUUUGUCGUCUUCCAGGUCGCUGACGUUGGAUGCCGGCCGCUUCCAGGCGCCCGAGGGGCUGUUCCACCCGCAGGCGUGGGGCUUGGACCACCCCGGCGUGCACCGCAUGGUGUACAAGGCGAUCCAGGAGUGCAGCAUGGACGCCAGGAAGACCAUGGCGCGGAGCGUCUUCCUCGCCGGCGGCCUCACCAUGCUCCCGGGCUUCGCGGAGCGGCUCCGCGAGGAGCUCGCCGCCCUGCUGCCCCCGGCCGUGCAGCCCAAGGUUCACGCGUCCCCGUACCGCUACCACGCCGCCUACCUGGGCGCGUGCGUGCUGGCCAACUCGAGCGGCGUGCAGGAGAUGAGCCUCACCAGGGAAGAGUUCAACAGGGACGGCGGCAAACUGCUCCGGCCGUGGAUCCUCUGACCGUGACCCUUGACCCGAGCUACUACCGUGCUGUACUUGUUGUUUUCUUUUUUGUUUUCGCCCUGCAAAGCAGGGUGUUCAAAACUUCGACUUUGCACGCUAAGCAAAUUCAAAGGAGAUGUUGUUGUUGAUGGUUUAAUAAAUUAUGAUCUCUAACUGUU